AUGGAUGGGACUCUUUUUGCUGCGGAAAAUACAGCUGGUUUGGGUGUGGUCAUCAGGGACGAGCAUGGGCAGCCACCGUGGGGCUGGUUGAAGUUGAACUCUAAUGGUUCAGCUAUAAAUAAUACCGGCAAGGCAGGUGGAGGAGGCUUAUUUCAUGAUCAUGAAGGUAAUUGGGUGAAGGGAUAUGUUAGAGGGAUUGGGCACACCAACAGCUUCAUGGCUGAACUGUGGGCGUUAAGGGAUAGAUUAAAUAUAGCUAGGGAGAUGGGUGUGAGCAACCUUAUCAUUGAGCUAGGCGCGUUGAGCAUUGUUUUGCUUAUGAACAAUGAAGCCGAAAAUAUUAUGAUGGAGCCUUUACUCUUUGAUUGUAGGAGCCUCUCGAAGCAAAUCCCAAACAAGCGCGUGCUUCAUGUCUACCGUGAAGCUAAUUAA